GUUACACAGCUACACUGCAGACACUCUUUGUCAGUUUCAGUCAUGAACAUUGCCUUAUACAGAAAAGAGUAAGACAGGCACUGUGAGGAGAAGCACAAAAGGGCAGAAUGGUGACGUGCUGGAAGCAUUCAGAAGCCAGUCUGGAGGACCCACGUUGCAUGCACUGUGGUCCCGUAAACUCUUCAAGGAUUCCUCACAAACUAAUCUGGGGGGGACUUGCUGCCACACUGCUCAUUGUUAUCGUUGCCCUCUGUGUGACUGCACAUCUAGGGCUACAGCCUACUUACCUACAAUCUUCACUGCAGGUUGUAAGAAUUCCAGAUGACACAAGUGGCUUUAUCAAUCAGUCUGCACUGAUUGACAAGCACAACAACAUAGUGACCUACUCUGUGACUUCCCAUGUCAACCACACCUCCACAGUGAUGUUUGACAUGAGACAUGGAUUGGUAUGCUAUAAACCUGACAACCAGGAAAGCUGCUUUCUUCGGCAGAUGGAAACUUUGGAUUACGAGAAUGUGCAGUCUCAACUGAAUAAGUCAGAGCAACAGGUCGGUCAGGUCUGCCUGGUGGGAAAUGAGACUGAAAAGCACACAGAGUUUUUUGGAGUUUUGCCAGGCAGUCGUGUUGAUGCUUCCACUCUUCAAGAACCUCUUCAGUCCCUCUGUCAGCAAGCCUCUGUCUACUGGACUAGAAGAUCUGAUGGUCCUGGGAAACAAAGACUUAUUUACUUCUGCAUUGACAUCUGCUUCCCCAGCAAUAUUUGUGUCUCUGUGUGUUUCUACUACUUGCCAGAGUGAGAUUCCAUUACUGUGUACCAGCACACGCCAGGGAAACGAAAGUGUUGACAUCAGUGAGAGCAACUGGAGAGGCUGCACAAAUGCCAUCGUUAAUGGCAAUCUGGCAAAAAAGGCAGAACCAUCUUGUCAUGUUAUCUGCGAAGUGCUUAUCUUCAUUCUCUCUUGUAUUUAGCCCCAUUUUGUCAGUGGUAUUUGACCAUGGCUCAAAGACUCAAAGACCAGCUUGUAUCUUUUGUAACCUGACGCAGAUGAGUAAUGGCAAACACUGUUGGUCUACA